AUGCGCCUUUUCCUCCUCCCCAUCUCCACCCGCCGUUCGCUCAUCUACUGCGAGAGGCUAUCGUCGUCAUCGCCCUCGUCCUCGUCUUCAACCCCCGCCGGCAAGCGCUCGUUGCUCGAUCGCAUCACCACAAAGGCUAGUGAGACGUGGGUGGCCUGGGAAAAGGACGAAAAGGCCCCCUUGGCCUGGAAGCAAAAAGUCACCCGCUACGGCAACCAUGCCCUCGCCCGCAUCCCCUACGAGGAAUGGGGCCUCAAAACCAUCCCCGCCUUGACCGCCCGCCGCCGCAAAGCCAUUGAGGAUGGUUCCGAGGAAUACCACAUCACGUUCCCCGGCCUCUACCUGCCCCAGGACAAGAUCCCCACCGUGCUCAAGCAGCUGGCCAGCGAGCGCCAGGCCAUGCACAGGCGGAAGAUGAUCUGGAGUGUCGUCGCCAUGCCCUUCAGCGCCCCCUUCAUGCUGAUCCCAGUGAUCCCCAACCUUCCAUUCUUCUACCUCGUCUACCGCGCCUGGUCCCACUGGAAGGCCCUCAACGGCUCCAAAACCCUCGAAUUCCUCCUCGCCCAUAACCUCCCCACUCCACGUCCCUCAUCCGAUCUCGACGAGGUCUAUACGGCCGGCCUGAUGUACCCAACACGCGCCAUCUCGCGCGCCGCCCCGCGUCCCACCCUCACACAAGCCCAGGACGUCGCGCGCGUUGUGCAGCAGCAGACCAAAGAUGGCGCCGACGAUGUCAUGGUGUUGCAACGCUGGAACGGCAAGCUGAUUGCUGAACAGGCCAAGCUGCCAGACAUGGAAAUCGAGAUUGAGCGCGCUGUUGAGCAAGUACAACGAAGUCUCAAGGCGAAGGAGCGCCUGGCUGAGGAGAAGCUCGAGCUCGAGAAGGCGACGGCCGCAGAGGGCAAGACGGCCAAGGAUGUCCUGCCUGCUGAGGUCCUGGAAAAAGUAGCGCUGACCGAGGAGACCGAGCAGGCGAUUCACGAGAAGGCCGAAAAGGUGGCUAAUGGGGAUGGAAAAAAGGAGGUUUGA